AAACGUAUNUAUUUAAUUCAUUCAUUCAUAUGCAUAUUGAUUAAUUCAUCAAUGAAUUAAUUAUUUGAGAAUCUGAUCGGUGGCUGAUUGAAUCCCCCAAAACAGGGCGUUGAAGAAGAAGAAGCGCAAGCGGAGGAGAGGCGGAGCAAGUGGCCGACGUGGCUGCAACCUCUGCUGCGCACAAGCUUCUUCGGUCAAUGCAAAGUCCACGCGGCGGCGCACAAGAGCGAGUGCAAUAUGUUCUGCUUGGACUGCGUCAAUGGACCCCUCUGCUCUCUCUGCCUCACUUCCUCUCACAAGCUCCAUCGCUCCAUACAGAUACGGCGAUCUUCGUAUCAUGAUGUGAUAAGGGUGGGCGAGAUACAAAAGCACAUGGACAUAACAGGUGUGCAGACUUACAUAAUCAACAGUGCAAGGAUUGUGUUUCUAAACCAAAGGCCACACCCACAGAAGCAGUCCAAAGGAGCUGCGGCUAACGCUUGCCGAGUCUGCCACCGAAACCUCCUCGACUCCUUCCUUUUCUGCUCCCUUGGCUGCAAGAUAGCUGGAAUGUCAUCAAAGAACUUUGACAAGGAGAAAACAAGAGAAAUAGAUAUGAAUGCAAUGCAAUACAAGAUCCUUAGCAGCUUCACUCCAUCUACACCACCUCGAACUUCAAUGAUGAGUAGCUAUAGAACCACAAAAAGGAGAAAGGGAAUUCCCCACCGAGCUCCAACGGGAGGACUUCCCAUCGAAUGUUGAAAGGCAUUAUCAUGCACUUGCUUGUGCUUUUACCACUAAUUAAUUAUAUACUCGUUUGCUCUCUUUUUUUUGUUUUUCGGUUUAAGUUGUUGUGGAAGUUCCAGCAUACCGAGCUGUGGCAAUGGAGGAGGCCGAUGCUGGAAUUCUGAAGUCUGGUUUUGUGCAGUAUAUUGUCGUAUAUAGAAUAAAAUGGCAUAGAAUGAUGUAAUAAUGGGUUGUAGGAAUUAUAAUCUGAAGGUUUGAAAACGAAUAAUAUUGGAUAUAAAAAAAUUUGGUUUUGUUUAGAUUUUUUUGUUCGGUUUGGUUAAUUUUGAAAAAGUUGGUAUGGUUAGUUGU